AUGGCGGCGGCCGCGCUGACGGGCCCGGCGCAGUCAUGGAAUGAACUGUCCCCACCAUGGCAGGGCUGUGUGACCUUUGAGGACGUGACCAUUUACUUCUCCCAGGAGGAGUGGGGGCUCCUCGAUGAGGCUCAGAGACUGCUGUACUGCGAUGUGAUGCUGGAGAACUUUGCACUUAUAGCCUCGCUGGGACUUACAUCAUUCAGGUCCCACGUAGUUGCCCAACUGCAGGUGGGGAAGGAGCCCUGGGUGCCUGACAGAGUGGAUAUGACCUCAGCCAUGGCAAGAGGGGCGUGUAACGGGACUGGCUCUGAUUUUUGCUGUGGAACAGAGGGUGAGGAGUUACCUUCUGAGCAUAGUGUUUCUGAAGGAGUGUCACAGAACAGGAAUCCUGAGGUAGCUCUGUCCACCCAGAAAACCUACCCCUGUGACAUGUGUGGCCUACACUUGAAAGACAUUUUACACCUGACUGAACACCAGGCAACACAUCCCAGGCAGAAACUACACAUGAGUGAGGCAUGUGGGAAGGGGUUCAAGUUCAAGGCAAACCUUCCCCAGCAGCAGGCGCAGGAGGUUAUAGACAAGCCUAUCAGAAAGGAGGAGUGCAGGGCCUCGCCUGUGAAGACCUGCAGAGACCACACGUCAGAAAAGCCCUUCACAUGCAGGGAGGGUGGGAAGGACUUUGUGGCCACUUCAGGCUUUCUGCAGCCUCAGGUCACUCCCAGUGUGGAGGAGCCACAGAAGAGCACUGAAGGUAUGGUGGAUUUUCACACUGUGCACAGGCAUAACAAGUGCAGUGAAUCUGGGAACCCUUUGAGUGACAAAUCCACAUUUGUUCAGCACCAGAAAAUUCCCACCAGGGAACGACCUUAUGAAUGCAGCAAAUGUGGGAUAUUCUUUAGCUAUGUCACUGCUCUCAUUCAACACCAGAGAGUUCACAACAGAGGAAAACCUUAUGGGUGCUGCGAAUGUGGAAAAUUCUUUACCCAACACUCCAGUCUUAUUAAACAUCAGCGAGUUCACACUGGUGAAAGCCCCCAUGUUUGCAGCGACUGUGGGAAAUUCUUUAGCCGAAGCUCCAAUCUCAUUCAACAUAAGAGGGUUCACACUGGUGAAAAGCCGUAUGAGUGCAGUGACUGUGGGAAAUUUUUCAGCCAGCGCUCCAACCUCAUUCAUCAUAAGAGGGUUCACACUGGUAGAAGUGCUCAUGAGUGCAGUGAAUGUGGGAAGUCCUUCAACUGCAACUCCAGCCUAAUUAAACACUGGAGAGUUCACACUGGAGAAAGACCUUAUAAGUGCAAUGAAUGUGGGAAAUUCUUUAGCCAUAUCUCCAGUCUCAUUCAGCAUCAGAUAGUUCACACUGGUGAACGGCCUUAUGAGUGUAGUGAAUGUGGCAAAGGCUUCAGCCGAAGCUCCGACCUCAUGAAACAUCAGAGAGUUCACACUGGUGAACGGCCUUAUGAAUGCAAUGAGUGUGGGAAAUUGUUUAGCCAAAGCUCCAGCCUCAAUAGCCAUCGGAGACUUCACACCGGUGAACGGCCUUAUAAGUGCAGUGAAUGUGGGAAAUUCUUUAACCAAAGUUCCAGCCUCAAUAACCAUCGAAGACUUCACACUGGUGAACGGCCUUAUCAGUGCAGCGAAUGUCGGAAAACCUUCAGACAGAGGUCUAAUCUGAGGCAGCACCAGAAAGUUCACAAAGCAGAUAGGCCUUAUAAGUGCAGUGAAUGUGAGAAAGCCUUCAGCCAAAGGCCUACCCUCAUUCGGCAUCAGAAAAUUCACACUAGAGAAAGGACUGUAGAGAAUGUGCUCCCUUCUUGUUCGACAAGGCACGUGCAAGAUAUAAGCUCUGAGAACAGUGUUUAUGAGGCACCUGCCAGCUGGAAGUUGAACCUUAUUCAUCCAAAUGUCCAUAAUGGGGAGAUUCCAUUUGAAUGCUAGAUAGUUGGAAACUGCCUGGAGUGAAGUUGCAUUAUUGACCACGGAUUUUUUUCAGAGUUUUGUCACUACCAGGGUGACAGAAGCCAUCUCAGCUGUACCCACUGGAAGGUCUCCAGUGUAUGUGUCAGCCACUGCACUGUGCUCAGGGAAGGCAGACCUCUAUUCUGUCUUUCCAGUCCCAAAGAGAAUCUUGAGUUGUCUGAGGCCGUGGGAAGAUGUCAUUCCCUCCUGCUGUGGCUGGUUUAGCUGUGGACAUGUCUCAUCUUUGGCCAUGAACACCUGAGCAGGGUUCUGUUGGCAGCUGGCACAGGUUUCCUUUUUUCCAGGACAUUGUUGAUCUCACAUGAUGGCUUGUGAUGGAUUUGUCCAGACUUGAAGUUACCUGACCCAACACCUACCCUCUGUACAUUGCUGUGAUUCAUGUGAUAAUAAGAGCCUUAUUCAUAAGGCCACCUUUAAUCUCCCAUGUUCUGAUCACUGUGUGGGUGAGACCAGAAUUCAGGGCUACUAAACUAAAGGGGUCUCCACAUUUAUUAUCUUAGAGGGGACCAUGGGAUGGCAGACAACAACUUUUAGUCCAUUUGUGGCCUCAUUACAAUGCUCUCCAAGGCCUCCUAGGAAAAAUUGUAGGGCUUUGUGGGCCUAAUGUUGUGGUCUAUGCAACAUGAAUUUUUGUGUUACUCUGAGGAGGGGUAGUUGUGACAGCCUCCAGUGCAUCUGGGUGCAGCAUGAAUUUGGUCCCUUAUUCCAAGUAGGUGCCCCAUAUUCCCUAGCACUAUUAAGCAGGUGCUAUUUAACUGGCACCUGCCAUGGAGCCAUAUGCCCAGAAGUUCAGCAUCCCCAAUAUGGGUGUCUCUAAGACCUACUGGGCCCAGAUUAGGACCAUAAUUUGGACAGAGAUACUGGGUGUGAUUAAUAGGGAGUAGGUGAGAGUAUAGUGAACCAGCAGGAAUGGACCUAUUUUAAGGGCUCAUGCACAAAUAUUCCUUUGAAUCUAGCUGUGCAGGAUUUGGGUUUGCAGAAAUUCUCAGGACCUCCAGAUUUCUGUGCUAUGACUAAGGUUACUGGCAGAGAAAAUAAAGGUUUUGUGGAUUA